AUGAGAGUUCCUGUUGCUUCACAUCCUCACCAGUACUUGGUACAGUCGGUGUUCUGGAUUUUGGCUUUUCUAUUAGAUAGUUUUGAUGAUCGUGGUCCUAGUCUCAACCCAGUGCUUGAUUAUGACCAUGGAAGUCGUUCUCAAGAAUCUGGUUAUUAUGACAGAAUGGAUUAUGAAGAUGACAGAUUAAGAGAUGGAGAAAGGUGUAGGGAUGAUUCUUUUUUUGGUGAGACCUCGCAUAACUAUCAUAAAUUUGACAGUGAGUAUGAGAGAAUGGGAUGUGGUUCUGGCCCCUUACAAGAGAGAUCUCUCUUUGAGAAAAAGAGGGGCGCUCCUCCAAGUAGCAAAAUUGAAGACUUCCAUGGACUCUUACCGAAGGGUUAUCCCCAUCUGUGCUCUAUAUGUGACUUGCCAGUUCAUUCUAAUAAGGAGUGGAGUCAACAUAUCAAUGGAGCAAGUCACAGUCGUCGAUGCCAGCUUCUUCUUGAAAUCUAUCCAGAAUGGAAUCCUGACAAUGAUACAGGACACACAAUGGGUGAUCCGUUCAUGUUGCAACAGUCUACAAACCCAGCACCAGGAAUUCUGGGGCCUCCGCCUCCCUCAUUUCAUCUUGGGGGACCAGCAGUUGGACCAAGAGGAAAUCUGGGUGCUGGAAAUGGCAACCUGCAAGGACCAAGACACAUGCAGAAAGGCAGAGUGGAAACUAGUAGAGUUGUUCACAUCAUGGAUUUUCAACGGGGGAAAAACUUGAGAUACCAAUUACUGCAGCUGGUAGAACCAUUUGCAGUCAUUUCCAAUCAUCUGAUUCUAAAUAAAAUUAAUGAGGCAUUUAUUGAAAUGGCAACCACAGAAGAUGCUCAAGCUACAAUUGAUUAUUACACAACCACUCCAGCAUUAGUGUUUGGCAAGCCAGUGAGAGUUCAUUUAUCCCAGAAGUAUAAAAGGAUAAAGAAACCUGAAGGGAAGCCAGAUCAGAAGUUUGAUCAAAAGCAAGAACUUGGAUGUGUGAUACAUCUCAGCAACUUGCCUCAUUCUGGAUAUUCUGACAGUGCAGUCCUCAAGCUUGCUGAGCCUUAUGAGAAAAUAAAAAACUAUAUAUUGAUGAGGAUGAAAAGUCAGGCUUUUAUCGAGAUGGAAACCAGAGAAGAUGCAAUGGAAAUGGUUGACCAUUGUUUGAAAAAAGCCCUUUGGUUUCAGGGAAGAUGUGUGAAGGUUGACCUGUCUGAAAAGUAUAAAAAACUGGUACUGAGGAUUCCCAACAGAGGCAUUGACUUACUCAAAAAAGAUAAGUCCUGGAAAAGAUCGUAUUCUCCAGAUGGCAAAGAAUCUCCUAGUGACAAAAAAUCUAAAACUGAUGGUUCUCAGAAGACUGAAGGUGCAACUGAAGGUAAAGAACAAGAAGAGAAGUCUGGUGAAGAUGGUGAGAAAGACCCAAAGGAUGACCAGACUGAACAAGAACCCAAUAUGCUUCUGGAAUCUGAAGAUGAGCUACUUGUAGAUGAAGAAGAAGCUGCAGCACUACUAGAAAGUGGCAGUUCUGUGGGAGAUGAAACUGAUCUUGCUAAUUUAGGUGACAUGGCUGCUGAUGGGAAAAAGGAGCCCUCAGACAAAGCUAUGAAAAAAGAUACAAGUACUUCAGCAGCAAAGAAAAAGCUUAAAAAGUUGGACAAGAUCGAGGAACUUGAUCAAGAAAAUGAAGCGGCGUUGGAAAAUGGAAUUAAAAAUGAAGAAAACACAGAACCAGGUGCUGAAUCUGCUGAGAAUGCUGAUGAUCCCAACAAAGACGCAAGUGAAAAUGCUGAUGGCCAAAAUGAUGAAAACAAGGAGGACUAUGCGAUUCCAGAUGAGUAUAGAAUUGGACCAUAUCAGCCCAAUGUUCCUGUUGGUAUAGACUAUGUGAUACCUAAAACAGGGUUUUACUGUAAGCUGUGUUCACUCUUUUAUACAAAUGAAGAAGUUGCAAAGAAUACUCAUUGCAGCAGCCUCCCUCAUUAUCAGAAAUUAAAGGUAAGGCUGAAUCUAAAAGAUGAGAAUGUUUUUGUGAAAAUUAACUGAUUAAGUUACAGAAAU